AUGGAAUCCGAGAUAGUUGAUGAAAGAGCCCAAUUGCAGUGGAAAGAAGGAAUGAUGGAGUUCGAAGAAAUAGGUCUCAGCCAUCUUAAGGAAACUUCUUCCGCUGUGCAAAAAAAACAAAUUUCGACUUACAAACGGAAUGCCUCAAAAAUCGAUGAAGAAACUGUUUCUGCAACAUCAACAAAAAAGGCCAAAACGUUUAACGUUUCCUUUGAUGAAUAUGUUGAAAAUGAUAGAAGUGACAUUUCCGAUGAUUCCGAAAUUCUCGACGUGGAACCUUUGUCAGGCUGGGAAUUCGAUACACCGAUGCCAAGCUGGUUAAAAAAAGCGAUGGAACGACACAAAACAUUAACAACCGCGCAGACAGAUCCUUCAGAAAAAUUCGAACUAGCAAAACAACAAAUCUGGUGGCGGAUCAUAGACGCAUCAGAUUCGAAUAUUGUACAAGAUUUCGUGUCGGAAGAAGAAUUUUCAGAACUUAAUGCCAUAUUUUCAAAUGUUCUUAGUAUUGGUCAUCAGAAUGAUUGGACAGUGUUAGAGCCUGUCACUGAAAGAUGUUUGCAAUCUCUUGCCAAGCUGGAUAAUGAACAGAUCCGUAAGAUAGGUGAAAUGGUUAAGUAUGAAGGAAUACUUGGGGCAGUUUGUGAACUACGGAAAAUAAUCCAAAAUAUCGAAGAACUGAACUUAGAAGAUUCUGAUUUAUUUGAUGACGAACCCACAAAUAAUAAAACACUAUCGUUCGUUCUUGAAGAGUAUGACUAUCUUGAUAAAGAGGUGGGAUACAUCUUAGAAUUGGUUCGUUACACAUGUGAAAUGUUAGGCAAAAAAUUCCGCAACGAAAUCUCCGAAAGGGACAUAGAUAUGUUCAUCAAAAGACACAUUUUUGCUUGUUUCGACGAUAUUCUCGAUACACAUUUUGGAGAGAUGGUUUCUAGGUCAUCUCGAGAUCGACGAAGUGAAGCAACAGAUGCCCCAGAUAGAGUUGAAGGGUUUCACCUAGAUUGGAUGUUCACGAGACAUGAUCUUGGAAAAGAUAAAUCGUAUGGCCGAGAAUUCUCCCUAUGUGAGCGUGCAGGCUCUAAAAUAGAUAACGACACCAAGAAUUUUUCAGACAUUCUUAAGGUUUUAAAAACACUCAGAGAUAUGCACAGAAGCCUAGUCAAAGCAAUUGCUAUCGAAAGUGGAGGAGCACUUUCAAAACAAGUUUUAAAUGCUUGUAAUAAAUUAAUUAUGCCUGGUUUCGCAUCAUCGUGGUUCUACCUUCGUGCUGUCCUCAUAAUAUAUGUAGGAGGCGGAUUCUACGCAUCAUUUGAAUUGGGAAAGUUUGAUAUCCCUACUUCGUAUGAUGAACUUUGGAAGCUAACUAAAAUUGCACGAAUUAUGUUGCAAAUUAAGAAAUUGUUGCGUUUCACAGUUUCUCGAUUUAAACGUAUUAUGGAAAGAGCCGAGAAAGAAAAGUUCCUUCCCGGAAAAGUAACAAUCAUUGAGGCAAAGGAAACCCGCACACCUAAUAAACCAAAAAAAAACGAAACAACCAAAGUCUGA